AUGCCGCUACGAGUGACGUCAAAGGUCUUCAGCCUUGUUUCCGGUCGUGUGCUAAACAUUGGUCUCAUGUUCGUUGAUGGCAUACCAGACAUGGACAUUACGGUUGGCUACAGAACUUCGGCAUCCGCUGUACUCAUUGCGAAGGAUCGAAUAUUUAAGGAAAACCUAUUACCAGGAUAUGACUUCAACUUUACUGUCCGAUUUGAUCAGUGCGUUGAAACGCUGGCGACAGGUAUUGCCAUAGAGUUGAUUCGAGAUCUGAAUGUGGAUGCUAUUAUGGGACCUACAUGCAGUUAUCCAGCCAUAUCUGCGGCACUCAAUGCUGCAUACUACGACACCCCUAUAUUCAUAUGGGGUUUGAGCACUACUGCUGCUUUGGAUAGCAUGGACCGUUUCCCAACUACCGGAGUUCUGUCCGUCAACACCCUCAGUCUUGGAAUAGCGAUUCGCCUUGUUAUGACGGCGUUUGCAUGGAACCAAUUCGCAUUUGUCUACUCAAACACUGGAGACAAAGAAAAGUGUGAUGUAAUGAAGAGUGACGUUCAGAGCAGGUCAUCGGAAACGUGUCAGUACAUCGGCACUGAGGGCUAA